AGGGUUAGGUUUGUCAAAAUAUGGAAAUUUUUUGUUAUUAGUUUUUGAUUUCAAAACGAAUGGAUAGAGAAGAGAGAGAUUUGAUAACUGACAUGUUUUUAGAUUGGUAAUAUGGAAAUUUUCUCUGUGAAGGGAUCGUUUUGUUCGAGGAGAAAAGUGGCGAAAUAAUAUAUCUAUUUUUAAAAUAAAAUAGUAAUAAUUUUUCUGAAAAAGCGCAGUAAAUUCUUUCUCUUUCGGAUCUUUUGAAGGUGCCAGUUUUUUAUCCAGCGAAAGUUCUCGUUUUAAAGGUUGGAAUAUAUAGAAUUCUAUACGAUAUACAUGUUGUGAAAGAAACGAUGGAGCCGAGCGGGAAUGAAGCACAUGAAAAAAUUCCAGACGGAGAUUCAGUCUUCGUUUGGCAAGAUUAUCUCGAUGCGACAGAAAGCAACGAAGUCCCCCAAAUUUUAUUUCCCCAUGUGGAAUUAACUCUACAAAGUGGAAUCGAAAUAGGAAUGUCUUUGGAAGUCCCAACACGAAAAUUUGCCGAGGACGAGGAAAUUUCUUAUUGGGUUGCUUCCAUCGUCAUGGCUUGUGGUCCGCUUCUCAGAUUAAGAUAUUUUGGUGGAGACGACAGAUCCUUAGAAUUCUGGUGUAAUCUCACAAAAGAAGCAGCUCACGAACUUGGCUGGUGUGUUAGAAACAACAAAAAAUUAGAACCACCGGAAGAAAUUUUUAAGAGGUCGCCAGAUUGUCUUGAAAAACUUCCUGAUUUUUUAAUCCGGGCGAAGUCUGUUCCCCAGGAAAUGCUUUCAGGGGAGGGACUUAGCAUGGUGGACAGAAUAAAACAGGGGAUGAAAGUCGAACUCAGCGAUGUCCGGCAUCCUUACAAAUUAUGGGACGCGACUAUAAUCGAAAACGUAGGAGGUCGUCUCCUUCUUCGAUACGACACACCAGGUGCUUCGCCAAUGAAGGAUUUUUGGAUUUUUUGCACAUCGGAACGCAUUCAUCGUCACGGAUUUUCAACAACUUCCGACUCAAAGUGGUUUUUGGAACCUCCAAGUUCUAUAAUUGACGCUCAUGCUUAUGAAAAGUGGAAGGAAUUGACGGAAUCCGGUCCUAAAAAUUACGACACGAACACCAAUCACUUUGAUAAUGCGAAGGAACAUCCUCGUCAUAAAUUCGAAAUGGGAAUUAAACUCGAGACGAUUUCGCCAGCUGACAGAAUGACAAUGUGUCCAGCCUCGGUUUGCAAAGUUUUUGACGAUAUUUUUUUUCUCGUCAGGAUUGAUGUUUAUGAUGAGGAUGCCAGUUCUGAGGACAUGAAUGACUCCUUCGUUUACGACAGUCCCGAAAAAGAUACUUGGCUUUGUACAGCGGAACAUCCUUAUAUUUUUCCAGUCGGAUGGGCCGAGAAACACGACAUCAGACUAACACAUCCUCAAGGUUGGAUCUCGAAAUCUGUUGAUUUCAACUGGGAAGAAUAUCUCAAAGAAACGAAAUCAAUUGCCGCCGACGAUUCUCUCUUUCCGGCAAAAGAAAGUGCCCAGGAAGUUGGUUUCGAGAUUGGAAUGCGACUCGAGGCUGUCGAUCCCGAAAACGAAAACGUCAUUUGUGCAGCUCAUGUGACAAAAAUCGUGGACAAUCUGCUCUGGUUAAAAUUAGACAAUUACGAAGACUGUCGACCGGAACACGUGGUGUACAUAAACUCCUUGCAGAUCUUCCCCGUCGGCUGGUGCGAAUCGAAUCAUUAUCAGCUGAAACCCCCGAAAGAUUACAUUGAAGUUUGUAGGAAACUGCAGGUGCCGAUGACUGAAUCGAAGAAAAAUACACUGGUGGAUAUUUCGGUUUCCGAACCCCGUUCCUCGCUCUGGUGUCCCAAAAUUUAUUUCAAUUAUCGCUGUUUCACGGGACCGAUGAUUUCAAAAGGAAAACUGGCAACGCUUCCCAAAGCCGUUGGACCUGGUCCGGUUAUUUUAGUUAUGAGAGAAGUUUUGUCGAUGAUCGUUUCGGUUGGAUAUCGAAGCGCGAGAAUUUUAAAGGUUCUUCAGUGUGAUACAAAACCAGAACCUGGUUAUCAUCUCGAGGUUUUAAAAGCAAAGCACAAAAAUAAUACAUAUCGAGCCUCCGUCGCAGUCGUGACUUCAGGAGACAUGGUUGCAGAUUUUUGUCGCAAUGUCUGCCAAAAAAUAAUGGUCUGUCCAAAUCUCUUUGGGCCCUUGCGAGUUUUGGAUAAUGAAUGCCCGGAUCGUUGCCACAAAACUUCAAAAGCGAAAUUCACAUCGGUAGGAACAGGAAAACGGGGAAAACCAAAAGGCUACACAAGCAUAAUGGUCCAAAAACCGAAACCCUGGAGUAUAAAACGAAGAAAAAAGCGAGGCAGAUGGGCGAAUCGCGACAAGGACAAUCAUGAUUUAGGCGACCAGGAUGACCGAAUGCCAUAUCUAUCAAUGGAUCUUACAAAGCAUAUUUCUAAUAAUCUUGAAGAAAGUUUAGAAACCGGAACUCCUCUCUCUGAAAUAGACUGUCUGGUGAAAAAAGGGCCCCAUUCCGAAAAAUUUGACGAUUUCAAAACUGAAGUCCCUUCCAGUAAUGCAUCGGACGAUUCGAGAUCCUCGGACUUUAAUGAUCGAAAAAGUAAGGACAGCAAUCUUGAUAGUCCAGGAAGUAGCGGUAGCAAGUCCCGGUCGAAAUCUUGUAGUCAAAGUGGAUCAACGACAAGAGGAAUUAAAAGGGAAUUGGAAAGAGAAUUGGAAAGGGACAGGGAUUGUGAUACAAGUGUCGAGUCUGAUGGAUCAGACGAUGAUGCGGAAUAUGUUAGGAUGCAGAAAAAACAGAGGAGGCCGAAGACGAGGAAGCUGGAGUCUAAUCCCCUUUUCUGGAGUGUUGAUGACGUUUUUAGGUAUUUGAGGAAAACGAGUGACUGCAAGGAUAUUGCCUAUCAAGUCAGGCAAGAGGAGAUUGACGGUUUGGCUUUUUUGCUUCUGAAUCUUCCUUCACUAACUGAGCACAUGAAAUUGCGGAAAAGUGCUGCAAUGAAACUUUGCCGUCACGUAGAACAGGUGAAGGUGACGUUUUUUCUCCGCCACAUCAACGAAGUCGAACCGGAAGAGUAUCAAAUUUUGUAAAUUUUGUUAUUUUUCGUUCCCUUAUUUCCACAAUAGUACAAUAGUAUUUAAAGUAAUUCAAAUAGUCAAAUUAAAAUUGAUCAAUUGAAAUUUCAAUCCUGCAUUUCCAAGGAUUCGAGACAUAAUAGUUACCUUCGAGACAUUAUACAAAUAUGUAUUAUAUUUUAAUUUUGAAAGAACCUGAACGAAUAAUCGAUUUCCAAGAUAUUUAAGACGUUCUUGCUUCUUGAUAAUCGUGUAAAAAUAGGUAGCUAAUUAUUCUGGUCGAUUUGUAAUUUGAAGAAAAUUACCUGAAAUGAAACAAUGUGAUUUGCGAAUGCAA